AUGCAGGACGCAGAGAACGUGGCGGUGCCCGAAGCGGCCGAGGAGCGGGCCGAGCCCGGGCAGCAGCAGCCGGAGCCGCCCGAGUCGCAGGACGAGCCUCUCUCCCCGGCGCAGAGCGAUGGCCCGAGGGAGCAGGCCCGGGACGAGCCUGCAGACAGCCGGGCCCAGGCGCCGUUUGAGGAGGCAGGCGGGCUCGAGGGCAGCGCGGCUGAGGCCGAGCCCCGGGCGGUGGAGAACGGUGACGCUGACGAGCCCUCUUUCAGCGACCCCGAGGACUUCGUGGACGACGUGAGCGAGGAAGAAUUACUGGGAGAUGUACUCAAAGAUCGGCCACAGGAAGCAGAUGGAAUCGAUUCAGUGAUUGUAGUGGACAACGUUCCUCAGGUGGGACCAGACCGACUUGAGAAACUCAAGAAUGUCAUCCACAAGAUCUUUUCCAAGUUUGGGAAAAUCACAAAUGAUUUUUAUCCAGAAGAGGAUGGAAAGACGAAAGGAUAUAUUUUUCUGGAAUAUGCGUCUCCUGCCCAUGCUGUGGAUGCUGUGAAAAACGCUGACGGCUAUAAGCUCGACAAGCAGCACACGUUUCGGGUCAACCUCUUUACUGAUUUUGACAAGUAUAUGACAAUCAGUGAUGAAUGGGAUAUUCCUGAGAAACAACCUUUCAAAGACCUGGGAAAUUUACGCUACUGGCUUGAAGAGGCAGAAUGCCGAGAUCAGUAUAGUGUGAUUUUUGAGAGUGGAGACCGCACUUCCAUAUUCUGGAAUGACGUGAAGGAUCCUGUCUCAAUUGAAGAAAGAGCAAGAUGGACAGAGACAUAUGUGCGUUGGUCCCCUAAGGGCACCUACCUAGCUACCUUUCAUCAAAGGGGCAUUGCUCUUUGGGGAGGAGAGAAAUUCAAGCAAAUUCAGAGAUUCAGCCACCAAGGGGUUCAACUCAUUGACUUCUCACCUUGUGAGAGAUACCUGGUGACUUUUAGCCCCCUGAUGGACACUCAGGAUGACCCUCAGGCAAUAAUCAUCUGGGACAUCCUUACUGGGCACAAGAAGAGAGGUUUUCACUGUGAAAGCUCAGCCCAUUGGCCUAUUUUUAAGUGGAGCCAUGAUGGUAAAUUCUUUGCCAGAAUGACACUUGAUACCCUUAGCAUCUAUGAAACUCCUUCUAUGGGUCUUUUGGACAAGAAGAGUUUGAAAAUCUCUGGAAUAAAAGACUUUUCUUGGUCUCCUGGAGGUAACAUAAUAGCCUUUUGGGUGCCUGAAGACAAAGAUAUUCCAGCCAGGGUAACCCUGAUGCAGCUUCCUUCUAGACAAGAGAUCCGAGUUAGGAAUCUGUUUAAUGUUGUGGAUUGCAAGCUACACUGGCAAAAAAAUGGUGAUUACUUGUGUGUUAAAGUAGAUAGGACACCAAAAGGUACCCAGGGUGUUGUCACAAAUUUUGAAAUUUUCCGAAUGAGGGAAAAACAGGUACCUGUCGAUGUGGUUGAAAUGAAAGAAACCAUCAUAGCCUUUGCCUGGGAACCAAAUGGGAGUAAGUUUGCUGUGCUGCAUGGAGAGGCUCCGCGGAUCUCGGUCUCCUUCUACCACGUGAAAAACAACGGGAAGAUUGAGCUCAUCAAAAUGUUUGAUAAACAGCAGGCAAACACCAUCUUCUGGAGUCCCCAAGGACAGUUCGUUGUGUUGGCUGGUCUGAGGAGUAUGAAUGGUGCCUUAGCAUUUGUCGACACUUCGGACUGUACAGUCAUGAACAUUGCAGAGCAUUAUAUGGCCUCCGAUGUUGAGUGGGAUCCUACUGGGCGUUACGUUGUCACCUCUGUGUCCUGGUGGAGCCAUAAGGUGGACAAUGCUUACUGGCUGUGGACUUUCCAAGGACGCCUUCUGCAGAAGAAUAACAAGGACCGUUUUUGCCAGCUGCUGUGGAGACCUCGGCCCCCAACACUCCUGAGCCAGGAGCAAAUAAAGCAAAUUAAAAAGGAUCUGAAGAAAUACUCUAAGAUCUUUGAACAGAAGGAUCGUUUAAGCCAAUCCAAAGCCUCAAAGGAAUUGGUGGAAAGGAGGCGAACCAUGAUGGAAGAUUUCCGAAAAUACCGAAAAAUGGCCCAAGAACUCUACAUGGAGCAGAAAAACGAGCGUCUAGAAUUGAGAGGAGGGGUGGACACUGACGAGCUGGACAGCAACGUAGAUGACUGGGAGGAGGAGACCAUUGAGUUCUUUGUCACUGAAGAAAUUAUUCCUCUUGGAAAUCAGGAGUGAUCUGAGAGCACUGUGCAUCACCGCGUCUUGUGCUGGAGCUGAGGUCAUCCUUUUGCAGAAAGCCUACACAACUCCUGAAUUUUUACCUGUGCUUUCUCUUGGUCGACUGUGAAUGCACCUGGGAUUCUUCCAUCUCGACACAUUUUUGUGCCUUUAAGCCCCUGGUGUCCACAGUGGGGAGGUU